AUGGAGAAAAACAACGACGCCGCUUCAUUUGUUCACAAGGAGACACUGGGCAAUGUUCGACUUCGUGAUGAAGGGAACAAUAUCAUUCUGGUUCCUACUCCAUCUAACAGCCCCAAUGAUCCCCUGAACUGGCCAAAGGCGUAUCGUUACUACAUCGCUGGCGUCGUCUCGUUGGCUAUCUUCUUAACCAACUUCGUCGCAGCAGGGCCCACUGUCGCCAUGAUCGACAUGGCAACCGACUAUUUCGGAGCCGGUCCCGACCUGCCUGGCAGCAUAUCCAAGAUAUCGUACUUUAUCACCGCCACUACCCUCCUGCAGGGCAUGGGUAAUUUGAUAUGGAUGCCUCUCGUAGUCAAGUUUGGUCGCCGUCCCAUCUAUGUUAUCUCCUUCGUUUUGUUUACGGCAACUACCUUCUGGACAGGCGGGGCGUCAACUUAUGAUAGUACGCUAGCCGCACGUAUUCUCAUGGGGUUCUCUUCUGGCGCUGCCGAGUGCCUUGCUCCAUUAACCAUCUCAGACAUAUUCUUUCUCCAUGAGCGAGGCACCAUUAUGGCAAUCUAUUCAGCAGCCCUUUCGGCAGGUGUGGGUUGCGGUAUCGUAGUUUCGGGCCUCAUUACGAUCAAUUUGCACUGGCGAUAUAUAUAUUGGGUUUCCGGUGCGCUAGUUGGCGCUUGCACGCUUCUCAUUAUUCUUAUAUUCCCAGAAACUGAGUACAAUAGGGAGAAGAUGAUAGUAUACACAGAGACAGAGACAGCUCCUAAUGCGUCAGAACUGGGUUCUCAAUCGCUGCCCUCGGACAAAUCUAGACUGCACGUCUACUGGAAGAGCCUUUCCCUCUAUAGUGGUACACGUACACAGGAGUCUUUCUCGAAGCUCUUUGUCCGCCCAAUCAUCCUCAUUAUACUCCCUCCCGUCUUGUGGGCAACCCUAAUCAUGGCAGCUGCUAUUGGCUUUCUUGUCGCUAUUACAUCCAACUAUGCCUCGGCUUUCAGCACUCUCUAUAACUUCAAGCCGUGGCAGUCAGGACUCUGCUUCAUUGCUAGCCCUAUCGGUGCCUUAGCUGGCAACUUCUGUGGUGGCUAUGUCAGUGACCGGACUGCUGACUACUUUACGAAGCGGAACAACGGCAUUCGAAGUCCGGAGAUGCGUUUACCUGCCAUUGCUAUCUCAUUGAUCACUGGACCUCUGGCUCUUGUUCUCUACGGCAUAAGCGUUGCUGAUGCGUACCAUUGGAUUGUGCCUACUGUUGGCAUCGGGCUUUUGACAUUCUCUGUCGUCCAAGCCACAAACAUCAGUCUGGUAUACACUAUCGACGCUUAUAGGCCAAUUGCAGGCGAGAUAGCAGUUACGCAGUACGCAUACAAAUCUGCUUUUGGGUUUCUUCUUUCAUUCUAUACGAAUCCGUGGAUCGACAAGUCUGGAUAUAAAGCAGCAUUUGGUGCCAUGGCCGGAAUCAUCGGUGGCAUCAUUCUCCUUGGAGCUCCGAUUUUCAUAUAUGGCAAGAGGAUCAGGAAUACCACGUGGAGGUGGAAGGUCAUUAGAAGCCUUGCCCAUUGGGAGGAGGAUCGCGAGGUCGGCGAGUGA